AUUAAGACAGCUGAUCCCGGUACACGUCGUCACUUCUACAUAACCACAUCUGAACCGACAACCACCGGUCCCAACUGGAUUCAACAUCUUCCUGCUGUAUCCACUAGAUACUUGAAUCUAAAAUGGCAAAGCUGUUCGAACUGACGAUAGCAGUGGUCCUAGGAUUAUGCCUUGUGACACACACCAUCGCCGCUUCUGACGAUAAAGGCAAGAAGGACGACAAAGACAAGAAGGAUAAGGAUAGCGAGGAGGAGGAAGAGCCAAAGCUUCUGGUCACCAAGAAAGCUUGGUUCGACGUGGAGAUCGACGAUGAACCUAUCGGACGAUUCGUCGUCGGGCUAUUCGGAGAGGUGGCGCCCAUCACAGUAGCGAACUUCGCAGCUCUGGCAAGGGGAAACUACAGAAUGGACCCCAAAUUUGGCUACAAGAACACCUACAUCCACCGCGUCGUACAAGAUCACGUGAUCCAGGGCGGGGACAUCACUGUUGGUGACGGUACCGGAGGAAAGAGCAUCUACGGCGCGGACUUCGCAGACGAGACCUUCGACCUGAGUCAUGACGACAAGGGGUGGGUGAGCAUGGCGAACGCCGGGCCGGACAGCAACAACUCGCAGUUCUUCGUCACCCUGCAGCCCGCCCGCUUCCUGGACAAGAGGCACGUCGCCUUCGGAAAGGUUAUAGAGGGCAUGGACGUUGUGGAGAAGAUUGGGGAGGUCGAUGUGGACGAUUUCGGGCGUCCCAAGAAGCCCGUGCUGAUCAAGGACUGCGGCGUGCAGCACACUCACCCGUACGAGCUGAAACCCAAGUCCAACACGGAGGGCAACAAGAAGUCAGACAAGUCGGACAAAUAAGACACAAUUGACUAGCACACGAGUUAGCCAUACCCAUAAUAUGAGCAUGCUUUAAUUUGAAGUAUUUGUAGUAUUUCAAUAACAAAUCGAAAAUUCAGAUUAGAACUUUUUCAAUGCUAACAUGUCGUUUGUUUUUAAAACCAUGCGAAUACUCUCCAUAUACUUUUCAAGUAGGUAGCUACUACGAUGCGAAUGCUUGAAAAAUUAUUUGAUACUUGCUCCAUCGGCAUUGUAGAUACAUCCAUGUGUAAAAGCAUAGGCCAUGGUUUACUAUCCAUAAUUCACUUAUGCUAACGAAUGAGUUGUUCUGCUGGGAAUCAUUUUUCAACAGUUAAGGUUAUUAACGUAGAGAAGGAGAAAAGUGUUUUGUAGUACAAAGUUACAAACCUUAUGUCGGUGAUGAAAAAUGGUGUAACGUUACUUAAACCAAUUUCAGUAUAAAACCUAAUGAAUCAUCCUUUUCAAUAAAACGCUUGCUC